AUGGUUCGUGUCUUCGCUAUGGAUUGUGAGAGGGUUCAAAUUAAUAAGUAUGAAAGUAGGCUUUAUAGAGUAACCGUCGUGAAUGAAAAAUAUAAUUGUGUCAUGGAUAGACAUAUUAAACCAGUACCCGACAACCGUCACCCGAGUUGCCGUAGACAAUAUAGCUCGGCAGAACCGGUAGAGGAAGUAGUCCUUGCUUUGAAGAAAAUCAUCAAAGAGGAAGACGUGCUUGUGGGGUUUUAUGUUCAGAAAGACCUCCAUGAUAUGGGAAUGUCCCACUCUAAUGUCAGGGACAUGGCGCCCUACAAUGCUCUCCUAGUAAGUGCUAUUAUUUAUUUCAGUAAAAGUAAAUCAUAA